AAGUUUGCGGAAGUGGUCAAAGGACGAAGGUUGUGCACUGAUUGCAGGCGUAAUGGAGGUGCGGAGUAAAUUAUUGAACUCGGUUGAGAAGUGUGUGGACGAGGCUUUGGAGGGUCUCGUCAGGAGUACCGGGGGUCUGGCGCUCCUGCGGGGGCACAGAGUGGUGCUGCGGUCCGAUCUGGAGAGCAUUAAGGGAAAGGUAGCUCUGCUGUCUGGAGGAGGAUCUGGCCAUGAACCCGCACAUGCUGGUUACAUUGGCAUGGGGAUGCUGUCCGGAGCUGUGGCGGGAGCAGUGUUUGCCUCUCCUCCUCCGGGAAGUGUCCUGGCUGCCAUCCUGACUCUGUGGAAGGGAGGCGCUUCAGGAGUCCUGCUCAUCGUGAAGAACUACACGGGUGACCGUCUAAACUUUGGCAUAGCUGUCGAACAGGCCAGAUCGCAGGGCGUCCAGGCGGACAUGGUGAUUGUGGGCGAUGACUGCGCCUUUGCUCAGCCCAGCAAGGCCGGCAGGAGAGGCUUGUGUGGAAUUGUGUUCAUUCAUAAGCUAGCUGGAGCUCUAGCAGAGAAAGGCUGUCCUUUGGAUGAAAUUGUUGCAUGGGUGAACAAAGCAACAAAAAACAUUGGGACAUUGGGCGUUAGUCUGUCUCCAUGCAGUGUUCCCGGAUGCCUUCCAUCUUUCCAGCUUCCACCAGGAGAGAUGGAGUUAGGACUGGGGAUCCAUGGAGAACCAGGUAUUAAGAGAUCAAAAGUGGCCUCUGCCGAUGAAGUUGUGCAAACUGUAAUAAGUCACAUGACUGAUUCCUCAAACAAAUCGCAUCUGUCCCUGAAGUCAGAAGACAAGGUGGUGCUGUGUGUGAAUAAUCUUGGUGCUCUUUCAUGUUUGGAAAUAGCUGUGGUUUGCAAAGCAGCUGCACACUGCCUAGAGGAGCGUGGUGUGCUGGUUGUCAGGGUGAUGUCCGGAUCGUUCAUGACAUCACUGGAGAUGGCGGGAUUGUCUCUUUCUUUAAUGAAGGUUGAUGAAGAGAUGCUCCGACUGUUUGAUGCUAAAACCACCGCCCCGGCCUGGCCUAACCUCAGCACGACCUCUGUGAGCGGGAGGAACCUGUUCAUUGAACCUGCAGAAAAACCUGCCGCAGCUUCAGAUCAAUAUCAUGAAGGCUCGCUUUCUUCCGUCAUUCGCCGGGUUUUGGAGUCCGUGUGUAAGAUCCUCCUGCAGCGCCGAGAGGAACUCAAUGCUUUGGACCGCGCAGCAGGGGAUGGAGAUUGUGGGAGCACACAUGCUCUUUUAGCCAAUGCCAUUCAGGAGUGGCUCCAGACCAGCAGGAUCCCUGGAAACCUUGGCCAGCUUCUAGAAGAUCUGGGUCUGCUGGUCCAGGAAAGGAUGGGAGGAUCAUCAGGGGCGUUAUAUUGCUUGUUUUUGUCUGCGGCCGCCCCUCAUCUCAAACAAAACAGUGAUGGUGCUGCUUGGGCCAAGGCAUUGCAUGCUGGGACCGAGGCCAUGAAAAGAUAUGGAGGUGCUGAACCAGGUGAUCGGACCAUGCUUGAUGCCCUAUGCCCUGCUGUGGAGGAGUUGAUGAAACUUUCCACAGCACCUCCCGAUGGUCACAUGGCGAUACUACAAGCAGCAGUGGAGAAAGCAGAUGUGGGAGCCGAAUCUACACGCAGUCUCACUGCAAGGGCUGGACGUGCCAGUUACGUUGCGUCUGAGCAUUUGACCCAGCCUGACCCGGGGGCCGUGGCGGUAGCUGCCAUACUGAGGGCCAUACUCCAUUCUUUGAAGGUGGAGAGUUAACAAUAUGCAGAUUCUCAAAGUGCCUCUAUUAUGCCAUUUUAAAGGUUCAUAUUUGUAUUUUGGAUGUCUCCUACAAUAGUGUUUACAUGCAUGCAAGGUAAAAAAAAUAAGAAAAUUAUCAUUCUAUUAUAUAUUUCACAUCUCCAUAUUUUGAAACCGGUUCCUUUGAAUUUAAGAUUUAGUCUCUCUAGGUUCAUCAAAGUGGAUUUGCUACACUGAAAACAUAAUCUUUUCAACAUUUCGACAACAUGAACCAAACUCUUUCAGGCCUCAGCUACAACUAAAGUUUUUGAGGGUCAAAAGUAGUUUGGUAAUUUUAGAAAAAGCAUAAUAGGGGCACUUUAGGGAACAGUAAAGCAAAAGGCUUGUAAAAAAACACAAAGGUUUGCUAACAUCGAUUUGUGCAGAUCUUCAAAGAUGUGAAUGAUUUGAAAACCGUUGAAAUACUUUCUCUGAUCCCGGUUAAAUGUGAUAUAAGUUGACACACUCCUGAAGAGUGUAAAACUGUGGCUCUGCUGUAUUUUCAGCAUUCAAAUGUUUUUGAUGAACAUAGAAAUACUGGCUCAAUCAAUUGUGUGCAUCU